UUGGAGCGCUAUAAAGAGCUAAAGGAAAUAACAAGAAAGAAAGUGGCUACGCUAACCCAGCAGCUAGAAAAACUUCGCUGGGAGGAAAAAGCAGAUCAAGAAAGGCUGAAACUUAAUUGGAGGAAGAAAAAAGAAGUUGAGGAAAACAUAAAACAGAUUGUGGAACGGAUAGAAGAGCAUGAAAAACAAAUAGAGAAGUUGGAAGAAUAUGUCAAGAUAUGCACUGAGUCAUUAGCAGAGAAAAAACAGCAAGAGGAAGUGCUGACUAGGGAAAUAGAAAAUUCAACAGUACGAACGGCUGAAGUGAAUGAAGAAUUGAACAAAAUAGUUGGUGAACUGCAAAAUGCCAAAAUUGAUUACCAUGAAGGAAGGCGUCAGCAAAUGAAAGCAGAGGUCCUAGAAAGUCUCAAAAGACUCUAUCCAGACUUUGUGUUUGGAAGACUGCUGGACCUGUGCCAUCCCAUUCAUAAAAAAUACCAGCUUGCUGUUACCAAGGUAUUCAGCAAAUACAUGACUGCUAUUGUUGUUGCCACUGAAAAAACAGCAAGAGAUUGCAUUCAGUUCCUGAAACAAGAACGAGCUGAACCUGAAACUUUUCUUGCUUUGGAUUACCUUGAUGUUAAACCCAUCAACGAGAAGUUAAGAGAAAUAAAAGGAGCUAAACUGUUGGUGGAUGUUGUACAAACUCCAUUUCCACAAGUGAAAAGAGUGAUCCAGUUUGUGAGUGGAAAUGGCUUGGUCUGUGAAACAAUUAAAGAAGCAAAACAAAUAGCAUUUGAUGGACCAGUGAGGUUGAAAACAGUGGCUCUUGAUGGAACUUUAUUUUUGAAAUCUGGCGUGAUUUCUGGAGGAUCGAGUGAUUUGAGAUUUAAAGCUAGAUGUUGGGAUGAUAAAGAAAUUAAUAAAAUGAAAGAAAGAAGAGAUAGCUUGAUUAAUGAGUUGAAGGACUUAAUGAAGAUCAGACGUAAGGAGACUGACUUGAAGCAAUUGCUUGUUCAGUGCCACGGAAUUCAGACACAACUUAAAUAUUCACAGAGUGAAUUAGAGCUUAUCAAAAAGAAACAUCUUGCUAAUCUCUAUGCGGAAAAAUCAAAACUGGAAAUUGAAGUGGUGAAUAUUGAGUCUCAGCAUAAAAUGCUGAAUGAAGGAAUAGCACAAAGAAAAGAAAAAAUAGAAGAACUUCAGAAAAAAAUUAAUGAGGCUGAAGAUGCUGUUUUCCAGGAGUUCUGUGAAGAAAUUGGUAUAGAAAAUAUUCGCGUGUAUGAACAAGAAAAUGUAAAGCAACAAGAAGAGAUUGAUAAGAGAAGACUGGAAUUUGAAAGUCAGAAGACACGUCUAAACGCUCAGCUGGAAUAUAAUCGUGAUCAUCUCCAAAAACUGACAAAUGCAGUCAGCAAGUUGAGGGAGACCCUGCAUAAAGAUGAAGCUGAGAUUAUCAGGCUACAGAAG